AUGGUUGGUAAUUUAAAUGGCAAAUAUAAACAUUAUUGUAUGUUUAAAAAAUUGAUGGAAAAUUUGUAUGAACUUUUGAAUCUUUCUGAGGAAGCUUCUGUUGAGGAAAUAAAGAGACAUUGUCAGCAACUUUUAUUGCAGACUCACCCUGAUAAAAAUAAAGAUUCUGUUGACACAACUCUUUUUAUUAAAGUUCAAAAAGCAAGAGAAAUAUUAUUGGAUCCUCAUUGUAGGGCAAAAUACAAUAAAACUCUAAAAGAAAAUCGUUUGCAAAAUUCUCAAAAGAUUUUGUUUGACAAAGUUUAUGAUGAUGACUUGAAUGUUAAUGAAGUAACUGGAGAAUUUUUUCUUGAUUGUCGAUGUGGUGGUUUGUAUACUGUUCUUGAAUCAGAUAUAUAUGGUAUUAUUGAUAUUCCUUGUACCAACUGUACACUUUUUUUGAGAGUUACAAAGCAAAGCACUCAUAAAGUUUUUACCAAGUUACAAUUAUUCUAUCGUUUUGUUUAUAAUAAAUUAUAA